AUGGCAGUUUCCACAGUGCACACAGUUCAAUCUCUCAGCUCUACUUGUUCAAUCUCAAAUCCCACAAAAUCCCACCUAGGAUUCAACCAAAAACAGCUAGUUUUCUUCAAGAAAACCACCACCACCACCAGAAGAGCCACCACUGUAAUAACAUGCUCCGCCGGGGACACGGUGGUGAUUGGCUUAGCUGCAGACUCGGGCUGUGGGAAAAGCACCUUCAUGCGGCGGUUGACGAGUGUCUUCGGCGGCGCAGCGGAGCCACCCAAGGGUGGCAACCCUGACUCAAACACUCUGAUUAGUGACACCACUACUGUGAUUUGUUUGGAUGAUUAUCAUUCACUGGAUAGAACUGGGAGAAAAGAGAAGGGAGUUACUGCACUUGAUCCAAGAGCAAAUAAUUUUGAUCUUAUGUACGAACAGGUUAAGGCGAUUAAAAGUGGUGUUGCUGUGGAGAAACCUAUCUAUAAUCAUGUCACCGGUUUAAUUGACCCUCCCGAGUUGAUCAAGCCUCCCAAGAUUUUUGUUAUUGAAGGAUUGCACCCAAUGUACGAUGCCCGAGUGAGAGAACUCUUGGACUUUAGUAUCUAUUUGGACAUUAGCAACGAGGUUAAAUUCGCAUGGAAAAUUCAGAGGGACAUGGCUGAGAGAGGACACAGUCUCGAAAGCAUUAAAGCUAGUAUUGAAGCAAGGAAGCCAGAUUUUGAUGCUUACAUUGAUCCACAAAAGCAAUAUGCAGAUGCAGUUAUUGAAGUGUUGCCAACAGAACUCAUUCCUGAUGACAAUGAAGGGAAGGUCUUAAGAGUAAGAUUGAUAAUGAAAGAAGGGGUGAAAUAUUUUAACCCUGUUUACCUCUUUGACGAAGGUUCCACCAUUUCAUGGAUACCUUGUGGAAGGAAGUUGACAUGUUCUUAUCCUGGCAUCAAAUUCUCUUACGGCCCCGAAACAUACUUCGGGCACGAGGUGUCGGUGUUGGAGAUGGACGGGCAGUUCGACAGACUAGAUGAACUGAUCUACAUAGAAAGCCAUCUGAGCAGCAUUUCGACCAAGUUCUAUGGAGAAGUCACACAACAAAUGUUGAAGCAUGCGGAUUUCCCGGGCAGCAACAAUGGCACGGGACUCUUCCAAACUAUCGUUGGUUUGAAAAUCAGAGACCUCUAUGAGCAGAUAGUUGCUAGCAAAAGUGGAGCUCCAUUGGAAGCUACAAAGACAUAA